AUGACCGGGAGGCUGUGGUGUAAGGCCAUUUUUGCUGGCUACAAACGUGGCCUCCGAAACCAGCGGGAGCACACUGCCCUUCUGAAAAUUGAAGGUGUUUAUGCCCGUCAGGAGACAGACUUCUACUUGGGCAAGAGGUGUGCCUAUGUAUACAAAGCUAAAAACAACACUGUAACCCCCGGUGGCAAGCCCAACAGGACACGAGUGAUCUGGGGGAAGGUAACCCGUGCCCAUGGGAACAGCGGCAUGGUUCGUGCCAAGUUCCGCUCCAACCUUCCUGCCAAGGCCAUUGGACACAGAAUCCGGGUGAUGCUGUAUCCAUCUAGGAUCUAAAUUUUUAUUGGAAAUAAAAUGGAGAAUCUGUUUAA